AUGCGAUUCGAACGACGCUACCGUAACCUCCUAUUCGGUGUCUACUUCCCUUCGUUACUUUUCGUGCUCGUGGCUUGGGCUUCGUUCUUCUGGCCCGCCGACGCCAUUCCGGCAAGGACGGUGUUGCUCAUCACCUGUCUGCUCACCACCAUAUCCCUUUACACCAGUGUACAGCAGAUCACGCCGGCCGCCAACUACACGCGCGCCAUCGACAUCUGGUUCUUCGCCUGCAUCGUGGCCGUUGCGGCGGCGCUGUUCGAGUACGCCGUCGUUCUGCAGUGCGUCGCCCGGGCCGCUGCGGCUCUCGCCUUCCUCUCGUUGUCUGGGCUUCGGGAGAUGUUGAAGCAACUGCAGAAGUCCCAGGCGGACAGAAUCAAGAUCGCCCCGCUCAAUGACCUGAUUCUGUUCAUCAAGCCGAGACCAACGGAAGAGGAAGAAGAAAGCAAUGAAAAUGGAGCCGACCAUGCAGAGAGGAACCACUCCGCCGCCGACUACAGCGCGAGGGCGAAGAGUGGAAAAGACACACCAAGGCUGUCCAGGACGCCCUCGCGAAGAAGCAGGGAAGGAGAGGCAGCAGGAUCCCCGCCACACGACCAAAGGGAAGAAUACUGGCGAAAGACUGAACUCCUGACAGAUCGAUGGGCCAAAAUCCUGUACAUGGUUUCUUUUGUUAUUUUCAACGUGGCUUAUUGGUGUAUUUAUCUUACUUAG